CCACUUCCCUCUAUAUCUCUUCCUCUUUGCUCUUCUUCCAUUCUCCCUCUCUCUAAAUACGUGAAAAGCUUCAACACAAACUCUUUAAUGGUGCACUUUUUUUCAUUACCAUCUAAACUCUUAAACCUUACAUAAACCUCUGCAAACUGCAACAGCUAUACGCAGCAGCAGGUUACAACCUUCUGCUACUGUGAGCCUUCUGUCGUAUCAAGUAAACAAGUCGAGAGCUCGAGCUUGGAAAUGGCACCGAAGAGUGGGCGUGGCAAGACCAAGGGAGACAAGAAGAAGAAAGAAGAAAAGGUUCUUCCCGUUGUGGUGGAUAUAAAAGUGAAUCUACCGGACGAGACUAAUGUUAUUUUGAAGGGAAUUUCUACCGACAGAAUUAUAGACGUUCGUCGAUUGUUAUCUGUUAGUACUAUUACGAGCAACAUCACUAACUAUUCCUUAUCUCACGAGGUGAGGGGCCCACGAUUAAAAGAUACGGUGGACGUGGCCGCGCUGAAACCCUGUACCCUCACUCUUGUGGAAGAGGACUACGAUGAAGGUAGCGCCACGGCGCACGUUAGACGGCUUCUGGAUAUCGUCGCUUGCACGACGUCGUUUGGGCCGUCGGCGGCAAAGGGCUCUUCUCCCGCCGCAUCUUCCAAGGGCGGAGAAGAGGGAAAGGAUGGCCGUGGAUCUCAAGACGGCAAGGUUUCUAAGAAAGCGAUCAAGUCUCCCCGCGCUAAGAGUAAGAAAGAGAGUUCUCCGCCGCCGCCGGCGGAGUCGGAGGCGAAGGAAGGAUCUGCAGCUGCGAUUGAUCGAGAAGGAGAGAUGAGCAACACUUCUCCGAAGCUCGGGAGCUUCUACGAGUUCUUCUCUCUGUCUCACCUCACGCCUCCUCUUCAAUUUAUAAGGAGAGCGGAGAGGAAAAGCAUCGAUGAAGUUUCUGGUGAUGAUCACCUUUUCUCUCUUGAGGUAAAAUUAUGCAAUGGGAAAUUGAUUUUUAUAGAAGCUUCAAGGAAAGGUUUUUAUGGCACUGGAAAGCAGCAGUUUUUUUGUCACAAUCUGGUUGACCUGCUGAGACAACUCAGUAGAGCCUUUGAUAAUGCUUAUGAUGAACUCAUGAAAGCAUUCUCAGAAAGGAAUAAGUUUGGAAACCUCCCCUUUGGCUUCAGAGCCAACACGUGGCUUAUUCCGCCCAUAGCUGCACAAUCACCAUCUACAUUUCCCCCUCUGCCCACAGAAGAUGAAAACUGGGGAGGCAAUGGAGGUGGUCUAGGCAGAGAUGGCAAAAGUGACCUGCUACCUUAUGCAAAUGAACUGUUGUUUCUUGCAUCUAUGCCAUGCAAAACUGCUGAGGAGAGGCAAAUUAGAGAUAGAAAUGCAUUCCUUCUUCACAGUUUGUUUGUCGAUGUUGCAAUAUUCAAGGCCAUUGCGGCUGUGAAACAUGUAAUGCGAACUUUAGAAUCAGCUCAUUCUGCUUCAAAUAGUCGAAUUGUCUUUACAGAGAAAGUUGGAGACUUGAGCAUAACUGUCAUGAAAGAUGCAUCUAGUGCUAGUUGCAAAAUUGAUACUAAGAUUGAUGGAGAACAAGCUAUAGGAUUGGAUGACAAGAAACUGGGAGAAAGAAACCUGCUUAAGGGGAUCACAGCUGAUGAAAAUACAGCUGCUCAUGAUAUUGCCACUUUAGGUGUUGUGAAUGUGAGGUAUUGUGGCUAUAUUGCAUGCGUGAAAGUUCAAGGGAUUGACAAUGCCAGUGCAAAUACUCCAUUACGAAGCCAAGAGCUUCUUGACCAGCCUGAUGGUGGUGCUAAUUCCCUAAAUAUUGAUAGUUUAAGGUUAUUACUACAUGAAAAUGUUACAACUGAACAAAAUAAAGCAUCGGCACAUUCUCGAACAUUAGAAUCUGAGCAACUUGAAUCUUCCCAAGCUUUUGUUGAGAGACUGCUGCAAGAGAGUCUUGAAGAGCUUCGGCAAGAAGAACAUGAUCUGGAUGCUUUUGUGAGAUGGGAACUUGGAGCCUGCUGGAUACAGCAUUUACAAGAUCAGAAGAAAACAGAAAAAGAGAAGAAACCGCCUAGUGAGAAGACCAAAAAUGAAAUGAAGGUUGAGGGACUAGGAACACCGCUUAAAUCCCUUAGAAAUAGAAAGAAGACUUUGGACGGAAAUACUGCAGACCAACAGAAUGAGAAUUUAAAAUCUUCUGCUGAUGAAGUGAAGGAUGAAGUUGAAAAAGCAUUGAAUGUGAUAGAAUCUCAGCUUGAUAACGGUGCAAGUGAAAAUGAGGUUAUGUUAAAAUCAAUGUUAUCUGAUGCUGCAUUCUCUCGAUUAAAAGAGUCAGAGACUGAACUUCAUUCAAAGUCGCUGCACGAACUGAUUGAGCUAUCCCAAAAAUAUUAUGAUGAUGUAGCGCUACCAAAACUGGUUGCAGAUUUUGGUUCUUUAGAGCUCUCACCAGUAGAUGGUCGGACAUUGACAGACUUCAUGCAUACUAGAGGUCUUCGGAUGCGAUCCCUUGGACAAGUUGUUAAGCUUUCAGAAAAGUUAUCACAUGUGCAAUCUCUUUGCAUACAUGAAAUGAUAGUACGCGCUUUUAAGCAUAUCCUGCAGGCAGUAAUAUCUGCAGUUCAGAAGCCUGCGAAAAUGGCAGCAGCAAUUGCAGCGGCAUUGAAUUUAAUGCUUGGAAUUCCUGAAAAUGUACAACCAGAUCAGCCUUCUGGUGUCAAUUCCAUUGUGUGGAAUUGGCUUGAAGUGUUUCUUCUGAAGCGCUAUGAGUGGAAUAUAAAGAAUUUAAACUAUGAGGAUAUCAGAAAGUUUGCAAUCCUUCGUGGUUUAUGCCAUAAGGUGGGUAUUGAGCUUGUACCAAGAGACUUUGAUAUGGAAUCUGCACGCCCUUUUCAGAAGGAAGAUAUAGUGAGCCUUGUACCAGUGCAUAAGCAAGCAGCCUGCUCAUCUGCUGAUGGACGGCAGCUCUUAGAAUCCUCUAAAACAGCCUUGGAUAAAGGAAAACUUGAAGAUGCUGUUAGCUAUGGAACAAAGGCCCUUGCAAAGUUGGUAGCAGUAUGUGGUCCUUAUCAUCGCAUGACAGCUGGUGCUUACAGCCUUCUUGCAGUUGUUUUAUAUCACACUGGAGAUUUCAACCAGGCCACUAUCUAUCAGCAAAAAGCCUUGGACAUCAAUGAACGAGAGCUAGGUCUUGAUCAUCCGGAUACGAUGAAAAGUUAUGGGGAUCUUGCUGUUUUUUAUUACAGACUACAACACACGGAAUUGGCCCUCAAAUACGUGAAGAGAGCAUUGUAUCUCUUACAUCUCACUUGUGGCCCAUCACAUCCAAACACUGCGGCAACAUACAUAAAUGUGGCUAUGAUGGAGGAAGGCCUGGGUAAUGUGCACGUUGCCCUAAGAUAUCUUCAUAAAGCACUGAAAUGCAACCAAAAACUUCUUGGCCCAGACCAUAUUCAGACAGCUGCAAGUUAUCAUGCCAUUGCCAUAGCCCUCUCAUUGAUGGAAGCAUACCCUUUAAGUGUUCAGCAUGAACAGACAACAUUACAAAUACUUAGGGCAAAGCUGGGACCAGAGGACCUCCGGACACAGGAUGCAGCUGCAUGGCUUGAAUAUUUUGAAUCCAAGGCUUUUGAGCAGCAAGAAGCUGCUCGAAAUGGGACACGGAAGCCAGAUGCUUCUAUAGCCAGCAAGGGCCACCUAAGUGUAUCAGAUUUGCUUGACUACAUAAAUCCAAGUCAGGAUGCUAAAGGGAAAGAUGCAAUUGGAUCAAAGAGAAGAAAUUACAUUGCAAAGGCUAUGGAGAAAGUCGUCCAUGACAAUCUAGCCAUCUCAGAUACUGAGGUUCCUCCGACAGGUGCCUUUGCAGUGGAGGCUAAGGAAGAUAAACAAGUUCAUGUCUCUGACACUGAUGCAGCAGUGAACAAUGCUUGGCCAGUUCAGUUUGAAGACACUGUGGAAGUAUUUCCUGAUGAAAAUCCCGUCCAGCCUGGAAACCUUGAAAUCCGAAUUCCUGAGUCCAGUGAUGUAUCACUUGAAACACAUGCUGAAGGAGAAGACGGCUGGCAGCCAGUUCAAAAACCAAGAUCGUCCGGCUUGUUUGGAAAACGGCUAAGGCAGCGACGUCAGAAUGGAACUAAGACUUUAAAUCACCAGAAGAAAGAUCUUGUUACUGAAUUGGAUCAUGCCACACUGAAGAAUAACCACCAAAGUGGAAAAAUUUAUGUUUUAAAGAAACGAGCAGUUCCUGCAGGAAGCAUAGCAGAAUACUAUGUAGCAAAGACUUCAUCGCCAGGGGCUAAGUAUGGACGGAGAGUUGUGAAAACUGUAGCAUAUAGAGUGAAGUCGGUGUCUCCAUCCACCAUGGAUGGUGCAGGGGGGAACUCUAAAAAUGAAGACGAGACAUUAUGCUCCCCAACAGACUCAAGGCCAGUAUCUGCACAGAAAGAGGUUGGAACUGUUGCUAAGAGAAGUUCAAUAGUAAGUCUUGGUAAAUCUCCCUCAUAUAAGGAAGUAGCUCUGGCACCACCUGGUACCAUAUCUAUGUUGCAAGUGAGACAUCCUGAGGAUGAUGCGCAUUAUAACAGAGUACUUGAACCUGAAGAACAGAACAAAAGGGCCCAGGAAAAAUCCGCGUCUGUGGAAAUAAGUACACAAAACGACCAGGAAGGGAACAUUCAGGAUAUUGUCAUGGGUUCCACAGAUCAACUGAAAAAUGAAAAUGAAGCUCUUGAAGAGAAAGAGGAAACUGCAAAGAAUCAUGAAAACUCGGUGGUUGUAUCUGAGUGUAUGGUACAAGUGCAGUCCAGCAAUCAUGAGUCCAGUCAACACGAAGAGCUAGGUACCGACAUGGAUAAUGUGCCAAAUUGCGCUGGCUCGUCAUUGGAAACUGCUACUUGUACUGAAGAUCUAUUGAUCUCUAAUAGAUCGAAUGAUGAUUCGGAAACCACUUUGCAAGGGGUGGAAGAACAGAAAUCAAAACUUCCAGUGGCUUGUCAAGGUGACUCAAGAGAAGUUUCUAACAAGAAGUUGUCAGCUUUAGCAGCUCCGUACAAUCCAUCAGUCGUUAGUCCACAUGUUGCACCAUUGCCUAUGAAUAUUUCUCUCUCUUCUGGUCCAGGAGCUGUUCAACCAGUUGGUCCUUGGCCAAUGAAUAUGGGACUUCAUCAAGGUCAUGCUACACUUUUACCCAGUCCAAUUUCCUCACCCCACCACCCCUAUCCGUCGCCGCCAACAACACCAAAUAUGCUCCACCCCUUACCUUUGAUGUACCCUCCUUACACACAGGCCCAGUCCCUACCACCUAGCACUUUUCAAGUAACCAGCAACCAGUUUCAUCACGGUCAAUUCGCUUGGCAAUGCAAUAUACGUGCUAACACACAAGAAUACAUUCCUGUCACACUUUGGCCUGGCUGCCAUCCAUUAGAAUUUCCCUCCCCAACAGUGGUUGAACCAAUUGCUAAACCUUUUUUGGAGGAAAAGGAACAAUCCAUCAUCUCAGAGAACCUAAAUUUGGCUUUACCUUUGGAUCUUGACUCUGGGAAUGAGUCUAAGAAAGAAAUAGAUCUUCCUGCAUCAGAGGCAGUGGAGAACUUACGUGAUAUAGAUGUGGUUCAAUCAGGUAAUGGGGAAGAAAUUGAAUCCAAGUUCCAUGGUCUACCGAUCCCUGUUAAACUUCUACAUAGCAGUAAUGGUCCAACUGAAAAAUCCGAGAGAUGCAAUGAUUAUCAUGUUCAGAGACAGCAGUUUAAGGCUGACAGUGAGAAACAAUUCAGUGUUUUAGUUAGAGGGAAAAGGAACAAAAAGCAGAUGUUGAGAAUGCCAUUAAGUUUUCUCAAACGACCAUAUAGUUCACAACCAUUCAAAGUUGUGUAUAGUAGAGUUGUUAGGGAUACAGAACUUCCUAAUUCCCCGAGCUUUGACUCCAAAGAGACCAGUUCAGCAAAUGCUACAUGAGUAGAUUUAUCAUCUUAUUCACAUAAUACAACAAGACGGACGAGAAGAGAUUGAAGUUACAUUUCAGAAAAUCCAAACGUGAUACGCAUAUCAAGCAUGUUGAUCAGCUGAUAAAGGUUCCCUUUGAAAAUUGUUCUUGGUUUGUGUGGAUGUGGUGAUCCUGGUAUAUGCUUCUUCCACCAUACAGUAAAGGAGUUGGAGUCAUAUUGGUGCAUUCUUUCCUUUAUUUUGAGAUAUAUUUUGACAGUGCGUAGCAAAGAUUUUGAAGUCCCGGUUAAUUCUUUCAUAGAAAGCAAUUCUGAUAUCAAUAUUUUGGAUACUAUGAUUUGAUUCAGUACUUGGUAACUUGAUAUCCCCUUCCGUAGUUAACUUUUCUAUUUGCUAUGGUAUUCCAUUUAGUGUCAAAGCUGAAGAUUUUUUGAACUUAUCAUACUCCUUCUAUGAACCCUUCAUGAAGAUAAUUAAAUGUUAUAUCCCCUUCCAUAGUUA